AUGUGUCCGUGGACGAGCAUAACCCAAAGGGCAGUGGUGCUCGUCACUGGUACCACGGGAAAUCUCGGUGCCUACAUCCUAGCUGAACUAAUCGUCAAUCCGCAUAUUGCACGCGUGUAUACACAUAAUCGCGGUAUCGCGGACCGCCAGCGUGCAGCGUUCGAGGGAUCACAUUUACCGGCGAAGCUUCUCGCCGAUCCGAAGCUUCCCCACGUUAGUGCCGCCGUUCAGCUCGCGGGCCUUGCACCUGGCGCUCGUUUCCUCUUCACGUCGUCCGUGUCCAUUGCCCAAGCAUGGCGCCCUUCGGGAGGCCGUGGGUCCAUCCCAGAGUCAUCACUGAAGGACCCGUCGUUUGCGUUGGGCCACUUGGGUUACGGAAUGUCGAAAUUCGUGGUGGAAGAGGUACUCUCCAAUGCGAGCAAGACAGGCAACAGCGGAACCGGACACUAUCUCGGACUGUGA